GGAGUGGAAUUAAUUUUCAGUUCUGUGCGUUACGGAGUAUAGCACAGAACGUAUGUCUAAACAUAACGCACCGCACAAAACAGGUAUAUGUGCGGUUCGUUCAUGCGUGUGGUUGUCACGUGAGUGAUGGUCACUCAGAUGGACAUAGGCGGGAAUGUGCACGGGGUGUUCAUUGUUUGGUCAGUUCUACGCUAGACUUCGAUCAGUAAACUUGUGUUCGUGUACAAAUCCUACAUCGUGUUGUCGACUUUAGCAGAACACAGGGUGUCCAUGCUGCAAGAUUUGGAACGCAUCAUAGAAAAGAUAAGUGCUAAAAGAAACGUAAAUCUGUUAAAUCCGUUAUACUGAAUCUCGAGCAUAGUAUCGAGUGUUACGAUGUAGUAACAGAGUUGAAACGAUGUAUAUUUCAAGUAACAAUUUCAGCACAAGAGAAAGCCGAUCAAUUUACAAAUAGAAAUAUUGAUGGCACGUGACCGAAAAUUCACAGGUCAUUAAUGGUAGAACACGACAAAAGCUUUCGAACUUACUGGGGAAUAAAUUGCUAUUCUUUGUGGUGUUGUAUACAUUCUAUAUGUAUAUGUGUAAAUGUUUUACGAGUCUGAUGACAUAAUGUUUUUUGCAGAAAAAUACAAGGUAGAGGCGAUGGCAUAUAAAAAGGCGGAAACAUAACGCCACGCGGCGCUCUUGACGUGUCAUAUCAGAAGCCGGAAGCUUCAUCUAACAUCGCAACACAAGGGGCUGAAACUCAAUUACCAUUGAGACGCACAGGACUAUGUUUCGCAUGUGGCGAACCGGGUCAUCGGAAAGGAGCAGCUGGAUGUUCAGCAAACAGCUCGACCAAUAAGUUAAGUUAAUUAUGUAUAGAACCCCGUUAUCAGAAAAUGGGUAGUUUCGUGUUCGUCGGAAAACGUAACGUACAGAAAGUUCCUAAAGUCGAACGUGAUCAAAAGGAUCCAAGUAUAGUUCGCCGGUAAGUUGAAGGAAGGCCCACGCGGUUAAGUAGCAGGAGACUACUGAUAGUAAGUACAUUGUCGAUGUAGUAAAUGGCGGUUAUAAGUUUAUUUUUUCCGUCGGAAAACGGUAACGUACAAAAAGAUCUGUCUCAAUGUAUCAAAAGGAUCUUAUUAUAAAACUGGAUCAAAAGGAUCAUAGUAUAGAAAUUGAUGCUAGAAGCUCGCCGGUAAAAAGAACGAAAGCCCAUGUAGCCAAGCUGUAGCAGGCUACGGAUGGUUGUUACAUUUUAGAUGUAGUAAAUUGCGGUUAUAUGUUUCCUUUUCCGUCGGAAAACGGUAACGUACAGAAAGAGAUAAAAGGAGCAAUUGAUCAAAAGGAUCAUAGUAUAGAAAUUUAUCAAAAAGAAAAAAAUCAUAAAAUAAAAAAUAAAUAAAUAUUGUUACCGGAAGUUUGUCGGUUAGUAGACUGAAAACCCACGUGACAUUUAUCAUGUUGUUAAUUCGCCCGUUAAUACGUUUAUAGUCGUAUUUAAUAAGAAUGGGAGGCCUCGAUAUAUUUUAAAUUAUUAUUUAUUUAUGUGUUCUACUUUCGAUAUUAGAGGAGCGUAUCAUGAUAUUGAUACAUUCACGAACGGUGUGGUUUGAGCUAUCAAGAGAAUAGCAGGCAGUGUUAGGUUGUUAUAAGCUUAUAUUUGGCACGAUAACAGCCGAUCAUAUAUUUACUAAAACUCGUUAAAACUAAAUUGAGGUGUACUAGCAUUCUUUCGUCAAAUUGACUUAAAAUAGUUAUUUGCUUUUGUGAUGAUGGCAUACAUCACAGUGUAGAAUAUGAAAACACAUUAUAUGCUAGUGACUAGACGAGUUUGGAUGUUAACUGGCUGAAGAAACAGUAUUUUGAUUCCUAUUUAGAGAGUAGAAUGGCUCUAGCAUGUGAUCGAUAUGCAUAAAAUGCAGUUUUUCAUAAUUAAAAAUUGAGUAGCUAGGCUAGAAAAAAGUAUUGAUUCGAUGAUCUAUCUUAUUUAUCAAACGAAAGAAAAAGUAGUGCCAAAAGAUAAAUUAAUAGCUAGUCUUGUAGGGCAGAUAAUUUCCUUUCAGAGUGUGAUUGUAAAUAAAGUUUGUGAUAACAAUGCAUAUAUACAAUUGCAUAAAUACCAGAGCUAGUUGGAAAGCUCCCGUUAUUGUAACGUUGCAAGCUAUUUCCAAACUUAGAUUAAGGAAAGAAAGCACUAGGCAGUUUAUCAACGAAAAGAUUCAAACACAAUCAGUUGUUUUUGUGUAAUAUAUUUGCUGAUGCAAGUACCACAAGUUAUGGUUUAUGGAGGUUUUAUAGAAAGUUGUAGCUUUAAUGUAGAUAUAGGCGAAAUGACUGUCAAGCUAACGAUUUUCAUAAAAAUAAAAAAUAAAAUUUAUUUUCAAUUUGUUUUAUUCCAUUGACGAAGAGAGUAAAGGUAUGUACUCGUGGUCUUUGAGACCCGAAAAUGAGAAAUUUGGAAUGCACAUGAUCUUAAUAAAAAGAGCAACCUGUUGUCGGAAGUGAACAGAUUAUU